AUGCCACCAAACGGCACCUUUAUCGAUCCACAGACGGGCCAGCGAUCCCGCCGACAGUUCACCUUGCGCGGUGCCUUCCGCGACCGCGGCCGCACCAACACCAGCGAUAGCAACGUCUCGAUACACCCCUUCUUCUCGCGCGAAAACUUCUCCGAGAGGAUAGACGCACUCGGCCACAAUGUCAAGGCAUCCGUCAUCAACACCUGGGCCUGGCUCAAGUCUCCCAGCGGGAGGGGCGUCAUGAAAUGCGUCCUGGCCUACUCCCUCGGGAGCUUGUUCACGUUGUGGGAACCACUGUCCGACUUCCUGGGCAGGCCAGACGGGAAACAUGUUGUCGCGACCAUCACUGUAUACUUCCACCCAUCGAGGACGGCGGGCUCCAUGAUCGAAGGCACCUUGAUUGCCAUCAUAGCCGUCAUAUACGCGGAGAUCGUGUCCAUAUGUUCCAUGGCCACCUCGGUCUUCUUCGGUUCGACUUUGCACAUGGUCGCUGUCGCAUACUCCUUGGUACUUCUGAUAUUCGUCGGUGGCGCUUUUGGGUUCGUGGGGUGGGUGAAGCAGAGGAUGAACAAUCCUCAAGUAAACGUUGGGAGUACGCUGGCUUCGCUGUCUAUGAUCAGCAUCUUGACGAAGGAGAAUGCUGUGCAGGAACACGUCUUCUCGAACCAGAAGAUCGUCCAGGUCUUGAAGAUGCUCAUCUGCGGCAUCUUUAUUACGGUUGCCGUGAACCUCACGCUGUGGAGGACAUCCGCGAGAGCACAGCUGCGGGACGGCAUGACCAAAGCCUCGAGCUCUCUCGGCGAAAUGCUGACCAUGAUAACACACGGUUUCCUGAGUGGCUCGGAGGAGGAGUGGUCGACGCCCGAGUUUUCCAAAGCUUCGGCCGGGUACAAUGCUGCGUACAGCAAGAUAACCAAGAAUCUUAGGGAGGCGAAAUUCGAGCAUUACUUCGUGGGCGACGAGAAGAUAUACCAAUUGGACAAGGCCGUCUACAAGUCAAUGGAGAACUUGGCACAGUCGAUCGGUGGGUUGAGGAGCGCAGCCAACACUCAGUUUGCCUUGCUAAAGGAGGGCCCUGAGGCUGGAUCUGGCAACGUCUCGCCCAACCAACUUUCUCCAUCCCUGUAUCGAACCUUCUCGUCGAGCAUAAGGAGUCAUCUCCCGACGCUGUCGGCAAUCGAUGAAGGUUCGGACGAGAGCGACGAUGAACAGUCUAUCCAUGGCGCACCAUCCAGCACCCCAAGUUUUCGCUCACCCAGCGACAUAUUCAGCUUGUUUAUCGCCUUGCUAGGGCCUUCGAUGAAAUCCUUGGCCUUCACGUUGUCGGAAAUCCUGAGCGAGCCGCCAUUUGGAGAGGCGCCAAACUACGAUAUUACCAUCAACGAUCACUUCCGGCAGAGUCUCUUUGACGCGCUAUCACUAUUCAACGAAAACAGAGCGAAGGCACUUGAAGAAUUAUACAAGAACAUAGAACAUGGACGAUUGAGGUCCGAUAAAAUCAAGGCUGACUUUGAGGAGGUGGCUGCGGCCUGUGGCCACUUUAGUUUCAGCCUUCAGAGCUUUGGCGAGGAAAUGAGCAAAUACUUGGAUGUUUUGGACGAUCUCAAAUACGCGACAGGGCACAGGCGGCGGAGCUGGCAAUUUCUGGCUUUGUGGAAGGAGUUCCACCAGCGGCAGACUCGCGCUCCUCUCCUUCCUUUCGAGGUAGAACGAGAAGCUGUUGUGAGGCCGAUCAGGAGGUCGCAGCUGCCACGGGGUGUCCCUGACCAGAUGAUCCGACGCAGGGAUACUUUCAGCUGGGAGGCAGAGCCUUCGGCCAGCGAUAUUGUCAAAAUGUUGUCGCAGAAGAUCCUGACCUUCUUGCGGUUCCUAGCUAGAGAUGACAUUCGAUUUGGCAUCAAAGUUGGCGUUGGCGCCAUGCUUUGGGCUAUGCUUGCCUUCAUACCCGAAACCAAGACGAUAUACAUGCACUGGAGAGGCGAAUGGGGACUGCUGUCUUUCAUGAUCGUGUGCUCCAUGACCGUCGGCGCUGCCAAUACCACGGGCACCACCAGGAUCCAGGCGACUGUAUGCGGAGUGAUAUUCGCAGUCAUUAACUGGACUAUCAGCCGAGGCAAUGGGGUGGCGCUUCUCUUUCUCGGCGCACUGGUUGCCUUCGGCAGCUUCUGGAUCGUUAUCGUCCAGAAUAAGGUCUCCUUUGGUCGAACUGUCCUCCUCGCUUACAACGUCUCUCUUCUGUACGCCUACCUUAUUGCGAAUAAAGUCGAUGACGAUGAUGACGAUGAAGGAGGGGAGACACCUUAUAUUGGCGAGAUCUGUCUGCACCGAGCACUUGCCGUCUCCGCAGGCAUCCUCUGGGGGUUGAUCGUUUGCAGGCUCGUCUGGCCCAUUUCCGCGCGCAAAAAGUUCCGCGAGGGUAUCUCGGUGCUCUACCUGCAGAUGGGUCUCAUCUGGAAGCGUGGACCACUGGCCAUCCUCCUGCGCAGCGACUGCUCACGAUCCUAUCUCAAGUCGGGUGAACAAGCUGCGCUGCAGCGAUAUGCCUCCCGACUCGAGGUCUUCCGGCAGUCCGCCCUGUCUGAGUUUGAGCUGCGUGGGCCUUUUCCCCACGAGGCCACGGGACGGAUCAUGCGCAGCACGAACAGGCUGCUAGACGCGUUUUACGCUAUGAGCCUGGUCACUCAACGCCGCGGUCAACUCUCGGAUGGAGAGAAGGCGCUCCUGCUGUUCACAGCGAGGGAGCGUGCUGUGCUCUGCGAACGCAUAUGCCAUGUCUUCCAGGUGUUGGCGAGCUGCUUGAUGCUUGAGUAUCCCCUUACGGACGCGAUACCCAGCGUCAUGGGAAUCCGGGAUGAACUUCUUGGCAAAAUUUUCCUAUUCCGCAAGGAGCACGCCGCAGCCAUGAGGGAAAAGAAGGAACGAGAGGCAGCCGAGGCAGGAGAACCAAUACAGCGAGACAUUAACGGCACCGACGACAACGGCCACAUCAAUGGAAAUGGCGACGGCCCAGGCUCGCCGAAGUCACCGGCUGGGGCCAGGCGCGGCAGCAGUAGCAGCAAACGGAGCUACAGCUUUGGCCAUUCGGCACUUAGUGGGAGUCUGGCGGGCCAGGUGCAGCUUGAGGAAAAGGACUAUGCGCUUCUAUACGCGUACGCACUGGUCACAGGUCAGGUGGCCGAGGAGCUCAAGAUUGUUAGAAAGGAGGUCGAGAGCUUGUUUGGCGUGCUGAACGAGGAGGUGCUGCUGUUGCAAUAG